AUGAAGUUCGAUGAGACAUUUGUGCACUUCUCGAUAAAGAGCCCUUGCGACAAUGAACCAUGUUUAAACAGGGGGAAAUGUAUCCUAGACUACCAAAAAAAUACCUACCGAUGUCGUUGCCCUUGGGAAUACAACGUUUUGAAAAACUGUGAAAAAGGUCGAAUUCUUCCGUCCGCCGAUGGAGACUGGAUAGCCUUCUGGUGGUAUGACGUUGGUACCACGUGGCCGUCAGAUGAAAAAGAUGUCCUUGCUUACGACUUUGGUUACUGCGAGCCACGUGAUCCGUACUGCUUUGGUCGGCUCCCUGCGGAUGCUGAAGCAGAUCACACUGAAAUGCUUGCAGUUGACUCAGAAGGUACCACGUACAAGUGGAGUUUCAGUUCUAACAAUUUAGCUGCCAGUGCAGCUUGGCGUGCGUUUCAUGAUCACCAGGAGGUAGAUCCUGGGGAGAGCGUACACAGCAUACCUGCGUGGAAUCCCGAAGUGCUGAACAGUAGCGAGCCAAGAAAAGACCAACGUGCAUUCAUGUACCGUGAGGAGAAUGGAGUCAAGUCGGUGCUGUUGGCUGACAAUAACUGUGAUUGUCUGUCAACCCUAAGUCUCGGACACGGUAUGUGUCAUAAUGGUUCUAGAUUUGCUAGCGUCAACAGUUUUGGCGUGGAUACUCUAUAUGAACCAUCCUGUCAAAGCCCAAGAUCAGGUAUUGGUCUUACGCUGUAUGUCCGCAGAAAAACUCCUAAUUAAUACUCAUCAUGACUAAAUGAUAACC